CUAUGGAAAGCCCUAAUAAAGAUGAAGUGUUUAUUUUGAAUGAGGUAUUUGGGAAUGACUACGAAUGAAGUAAGAUAGGCGGUCUUAAGAUAACAUUAACACAGAUGAUAACAUCAAGAUGAGGUUAUAUUAGAAUGUUUCUACAGAAGGAUGGAGGAAUUUGUAGUUUGUGAAGAUGACUACAUUUUCAAUGUUGAUUGGAAUUGUCAAGAGAAAUCUGAGUUUAGUUUAAAAUUGGAGAAUGCUUGGCUUUUGAAAAAGAAAUACUUCAGAUAUGAAUUGAAUAUUAUCAAAAGUCGCAUCUUGGAAGGAGAAUAUGGGUUUCUUGCACAGGUACACUAGAUUUAGUGCUGAACUUUUACAUUCAUCUGGAUGUAUAUUAGCUUUUCAUCUUUUCAGCUGAACACUGAUCGAGCAGUAAACAAAAGAACCCCAGAAAUAAUUACUAGUGUGAAUCAACCUUUUUCAAUAGAUUCUUUUAAUUUUACUAGAGCAAAUCAAGACGAAAUUAUGUUUUUUCUUACUAAAAGUGAUGGUUUCAAUCAUAAUGAGAAUAGAAAUGCUAUUAUGAUAAAUGUUAGUCCUCUUGAAAGAUAUCAUUGCUUACUGUUACCAUCUCUUUAUGAAUGUUUGCCUCAGGUUCUUCUUAACCAAGAAGCUUUAAAUCUAGGAAUCAGUUCUGUCUUAUUGAAUGGCUCUGUUGAACAAAGAGCUGGAUUUAAUAGUUUGGGUGGCUAUGCAUCAGUAAAUCAUCUACACUUUCACACUUAUUAUUUAAACAAUCCAAUGAAGCUUGAAACUAUUGAAGUCGAGCACCUUAUGGGCCGCUGCUACAUUUUAGAAAAUUAUCCAGCAAAAGCAUUUGUUUUUCAAGUAAAAUCAAAAGAGGAACUUUCCCUAACUGUGAAUGAUAUACAUUUGCUUGUCAAUUUAUUUAUAGAAAAAAAUGUUGCCCAUAACCUGUUUAUAUCAAGAGGUCUUAGUUUUGAAAGAUCAAAAUGUUCUACGGAAACCUCAAAAAGAGAUUGUGUAAGGAUUUAUUUAUGGGCACGAACACCUACCUUUGGGUCUAAAGCUCUGGAUGAAUUUAAUCCUGCAUUAUGUGAGCUUUUUGGACAUUUGGUAAUUAAAAGUAAGUAAUUAUUAUAGAGAUAUAAUUACAAUUAUCAUGAAUAUAUAUAUUUUCAUUCAGCUGAUUUCCAUCAGAACCAUAGACUCUUAGGACCAUCACAAAUAGAACCCAGGACUCACCUUCCAUUACCCUAUAUUUUAAAAAAAAAUAUGCCCAUGCUGCUCUUUCGUUUUGCUGAAUGCUAGCAAAUCAUCCAUAUACACUUGGCACUCUGCUUCAUCGAUUCCCCUCAAAAACUAAUAAGAUAUUGUAAUGUUUUCGACAUAUUUUGUUAGCUGAAAGGCAUUCUCUUGUCGCUUUUCGAAUGUAAAUGACGUGUUUGGGGUGCAUUUCGAUCUGAUGAAAACCUGCUUCAGGUCUAAUGUACUAAAGAAAAUUGGUCCGCUCAGUCUAUACAAGAAGUCCUCGAAUCUGGGGAUUGGGUAUUUUUCAUCUAGUGUUUUUUUUUGUUUGCUGCAGUCUAUGACAGCUGUAUAUUUUUCCUGGUUCUCAUCCGGCCAACACAUUUACUUCAUUGCCCACAAGGGACUGUUAUAUGGUGACGUGCUGUCUAUUAUGAUAUCCUGUUUCUUUAAAUUUACUAUUUCUUCCAUGAAAUGUUGUCUUAAAGCCUCCAGGUACCGCCUCUCUUUUAUGUAUGUAACAUCCACCAUGUUAUUUCAGCAGAAUUUCAUGGACAGUUUUCCCCGUUACUGUACAGACUUCAACAAUAUUAUGUACAUAUACAUAUGCAGUUUUCAUAAAUGCUAUCGCUGGUAUUAUUUUAUACUUAAUUGUAUAGAUAACAGCGAUAUAAACAUUAAAAUUUAUAUAUAUAAGGGUAAUUAAACAAAUAAAAAUACUUACCAUGAAAUGUAAAUAAAUAUAAGUCGUGUGAUGCACGUACCAGAUUUUUUAAUUUGUUUGGAAGUUGUGGAAUAAAGAUUAGCUUAUUUUAAAAUAAGAAAAUUAUGUUUUCCAGCACCAGUGUCAUUAUUUACUUCAUACAUCUUGAAGAUAAAUUCUGAUUAUUUUUCAGCUUCUGAAGCUUAUGACGAAUUAACAGAAGCAAGGGUUGCAGAAAUAUUAUUCUCUAUAACACAUGAGCCAUACAGUUCUCUUAAGGAAAGUGUAAAAGAACUAUAUAAUAAAUAAUUUAAAUUUAUUAAAUAAAUAUGAUUAU